AUGAUGAUGUUGCAGAGGAGGAGGAUGGGACAUGGGGGGAGGGGACAUAGGGUGGGCUAUGGGAAAAUAAGAUGGGGCGCUGGGGCAAUGGGUUUAUCGGGCUGGGGAUUGGGGGCUGGGAAAUCUGGAGAAGAAAUCAUUGGCUUGGCGUUAGACUAUAAGGCUAGAAAGUGCGAAGAUUGUGGUGCUUGGAGAAUCUGGCGGUUGUUAACCCAUAUUGAAUCUUCCUCUUACAUAGAUAAAGAUGCUGAUGAGGUUGUCACAGUUAAGUUUUUCCAUGGAAAUAAACUAGUUAAAAAUAGAAAUGAUAGUGAAUGGUCUUAUUUGGGUGGUGAAGUCAGUUUGUUUGAUUAUUGUGAGAUUGACUAUAUGUCAAUGUUAAAGCUAUUUGGAAUGGCUAAAGAUUUGGGAUAUGAUGAUGGCACGGUACCUAAAAGCAAUAACAUGGUGAUAGUUUUGUACUUGAAAGUAGUGAGCCUGAAUUCAAGCCAAGUGGGGAAUGAUAGCAGUGAUCAAGAAUAUUCUUGUUUUGAGGAUAAUGAUAGCAGUGAUUUAGACUUUGAAGACAAGGAAAAUGAUGAGUCAGAAAAUGGAGAAAAGUCACCUACACUUACCUGCCCAAAUAGCUCUUCAAGUGAAGAUGAUGCAGUAGGUGAACUAAGAAGGAAGAAGAAUAGGACGCCAAAAGGUGAAGAUUUCAGACCUGAAAUUGAUAUGGAAAACCCAGGUUUCAAAAUAGGUUUAAAGUUUGCAACUGCUGAGUUGUUUAGAAAAGCUGUGAGGAUAUACUCCAUUAAUUGUGGAAGGGAGCUGAUAUUUAUGAAUAAUGACCGUAACAAAAUAAGAGUAGUCUGUGAAGAGGGCUGUCUUUUUGUUAUCCAUGCUUCAAGUGUUAGUGGUAGCAUUUACCUGCAGUUAAGGCUCAAUCCAAAUUGGACUGCUUCUUCUUUUGCAGAGCAAGUUCACCAAGACUAUGGUUACAGACCAUCUAAAGCAACUGGGUACAGAGCAAAAGCCAUGGCAAUUGACAUUGUAGAGGGGUCUUACAGUAAACAAUAUGAAGUAUUGUGGGAUAUUGUCAUGAGUAAAGAACCAGAAAUGUGGGAAGUACAGUUAUCAUUAUAUCUGAAAUGGAAGGUGAUAGGUCACGCCUGCAAGAAGGGAUUUUUAGAUGGUUGUAAGCAUGUGGUUUGCUUGGAUGGGUGUCAUGUCAAAUGGCCUCACCCUGGGCAAGUACUUUCUGCAAUGGGAGUUGAUGCAAACAACGGAAUGUUUCCACUUGCCUAUGCAUAUGUAGAGAUUGAGAGCGAUUCAACGUGGCUGUGGUUUUUAGAAUUAUUGAGUGGUGAUCUAAAUAUUACGAAUAGCCAUGGUUAUGUAUUUAUGACUGACAAACAAAAAGGGUUAAUACAUGUUGUGGAUGCUUUAUUCCCUCAUGCAAAGCAUAGACAUUGUUUGAAACAUCUAUAUGGAAACUUCUAUUUGGAACACAUAGGUCUUGCUUUGAAACAUCAAAUGAAAGCAAUUGCUAGGGCCACAACAAUGCCAUGGUUUCAUGUAGAGAUGAGAAAGAUGUUGAAGUUGUCUAAACCUGCACAUGAUUGGCUUGCAGAGAAAGAUCCUAGGCAUUGGAGUAGGGCAUAUUUUAAGAGUGAUUCCAAGUGUGACAUGCUUAUGAACAACCUAUGUGAGGCAUUCAACCGUAGCAUAAUGGAUGCCAGAUACAAGCCUGUUUUGACUAUGCUAGAAAGAAUUCGGUUGUAUAUAAUGUUGUUGAUGGCUGGAAGAAGGAUUUUUUGUGAGAAAUGGCAUGGACAAGUUGGGCCAAGAAUUAGAAAGAUAUUAGAGAAAAACAAAGGAAAAGCUCAGUGGUGCAUUCCUAAGGCUACUGGACAGAAUAAGUUUGAAGUAAUGCACCAUAGUGGCCGUAACUUUGCUGUUGAUUUGAAUGCCCACUCUUGUUCAUGCCAUGCUUGGGAUUUGAAUGGAAUACCAUGUUUGCAUGCUUGUACUGCAAUAAGUUGGUUUCAUGGAAAUCCAGAGGACUUUUGUGAUGCAGUGUACAAGAAAGAGGCUUACUUGAGAGCCUAUGAACCAAUGAUUAUGCCCAUGACUAGCCAAGAUCAUGGAGAAGGGCAUAAUCGAAUUAGUUGUAAGGAACCUAGAAAUCCCAAUAUAAAGCCUACUAGGAAGAGGAAAAUUGCCAACGAAAAACUUGCAGUAAGAAGGAGAUAUGGUGGAGACCAAAGUAGCGGACAACAGAGUAUGCAAUUAAGGCAAAGGAAACAAGCAAGCAGUUCCCAAGGGCCUUCUCAAUCCCAGGCAUCUCAAGUAGUUGAUGCUUCUCAAUCUCAACCAUCUCAAGCAGUUGAUGCUUCUGAAUCCCAACCAUCUUAA